UGGAACCAGUGCUAAUUCAGGUGCGAUGGGUCUCUCGAAUGGCCGCCCUCAAACAACCCCCAGUUUCUGCUAUUUCCGACUGCAGUGGAUGCCACGCCACCAACAAGCAAGAAUAGCAACAUCCAACGUCCAACCACCAUGAAAAGGGUGUGGCCGCAUGUUCUACAGUAUAAGCAACUCCAACUCACGCAACCUCCGAGAUAACGAUUUUCUCCCGUCACACUCAACAAGUUGAAUUCGGACAAGAAUCAAAGCAAUGGCGAACAUUAUGCGUACCGACACACGUGAUGCAGUUAAAAGAUCACCUUCUCCAUCAAUAGAAUCUUUGGGUUUUGACAUUCUCACGUUGGUGUUCGAGGAGAUAUACGAUUCAGCACCACAAGAGCUAUGGGCCCUCGGAAAGCUGUCCAGAAUGCUGCAUAAUGCCACUGCUCCAUUUCGAUAUCGCUCAAUCAAUCUUCGACCGAGCAUGGUCGACCCAGCGUUGGUUGAUCUCUGGGCCCAAAUUCAUGUGUAUACCAGGCAUGUGAUCGUCGAUCGUGAACUAGAUUGGGAAAGUGCUCUUGAUUUGCUUUCAGGUUGUCAACGGAUUGCUAGGAUCGAUUGGUCUUGGUGGGAAGGGCGACAUGAUAAGCAACGUCUAAUUCCGAAAAUGAUAAGUGAUUCCAUCCGAGAUCUAUGGACGCAUGCAGACCUUCACAUUAUCAACUACCCUUGGCCAACCAGACUCUUUAACCCUCAGUCGACGACUAUUCCAUAUGAGAAUGUUACAUACAUCUCAACUGGUUGUUUGGAAAAUGGAACAGAUCAAGAGAUUCUUGCCCGGAUGGUUGCAGCAUCGCCACGUUUAGAAACGCUCGUUUUGAACGGAAAGAGGCUUAAUUGGGCCAACAUGUCUUUUAAAGUUCCUCCCAUCAAGCACCUCACUCUCAAAGACUGUCUCUGGUGUUACACUUCUGCGGAACUUGAAAGUUUGUGGGACUUUACAUGCUUGCAAUCCCUUGUCCUCACUGAAGGCGGCUUUUCCGGCUUUUUAAAAAUCCUGCCCCAGAACCGGUUUCCAAGUCUCAGCAGACUUGUCGUCAAACGCGUUUACGCAUGGGACUCUGAUGUCACCCAUGAAAUCAAUCAAAUCAUCGCCGGAACCCACUAUCUCGAAGAGAUUGAAGUAGUAUGCCACUUACCAGACCUAGCACUUGAUUCAAUCAUGAAACAGGGAGCGAAUUUGAGAGUUCUAAAGAUAAAUGGCUUCGCAAGCUUCGCUAUUAGUGGAUCGUAUCCUACAAUCUCUGUCUCGGAGCUCAGCAAACUUCGGGAUAGCUGCAAAGGCUUGAAGGAGCUUUCAUUGGACCUGGAUUCAAACAUCUGCGAUCCAUAUGACUUCAUCGAGGUUCUGUCGUCGAUGAGAAGUCUGCAGCAUAUACUAAUCUGCAUGCACACACUUUUGACAGAAUUUGAACAGUAUGCAGACGGGGAUGACAUCGACUUUGCAGCCGCAAAAGAUUUGGCAACCUGUUGCUCGUCGCAUAAAGUUGGACUCCCAAUUCAUCAACUAGCUAUGGACAUUGGUGGAUAUCGGUUGCUUUCUUCUGGGCACAUAUCAAGAGCAUGGGAUAAUCAGCGAAAGAGGGGACACUUCCCGGAACGGUUAUUCACCUUCUCAUGGAGCGAACACGGGCACUGUCAGAUCGAAAGUCGGAAGAAGAUGGUUGAUUCCUCUCGCUACCUCUUUUACGGCCGUAAUUAGAUCCUAGCGGACCUAGCAUGGCGCGUCUCAAAUAUCAAGCAUCAGACUUGAAUGUGUCUCGAAAUAUUUGCGCAGGGGCUAGCUCGAGAUCAUACCAGCUUUGAGUUUCUCUUCAUCAGCCUAAAGAUUGCUAUAGCUU